AUUAUCAAAAUUGAGAAUGGAAAAAUUAAUGGUUUUAAUUAUACUAAUUCAAUUAAAAUAUUAAUUGAUAUUUAAAUAUCUAAACUAAUUCUAAUUUGAUUUUAGUUAAAAAAGCAAAAAAAGUAUAAAAACUAUUUAUAAAAUGGGUAGAUAAAAGAAAUAAAUUUUAUCUAAUAGCAAAGAAUUAGAAAAGAGCAAGGAGACAGAAUAAAAAUCCUUUAUCAAGCAGCUGGAUGAUAAUUCUUAUAAGGAUUUGAAAUUUAAUGAUCUAUUGAAGUUGGAAAGUUUAGGAAAAGGAGGUUUUGGUGAGGUUGCAGUUUAUUAUGAUCAUAAAAUUUAGCAGGCUCUUGCAGUUAAAUAGUUUGAAAAUGAGUAGCAUUAUUAUGAGGAAAAAGAAAGAAACAGUAACUGUAACUUUCUGUAAGAUAGGAGCAAGUAUUUUGCGGCAAUGCUAAACUAUUCAGAUGAAAGAAAAGUAAUAUUUUAUGAAUUAGGAGAUUGCACAUUACUCGAAAUAAAUAAUCACUUUAUCCAAUAGAAUUAUCUUACAACUUAAAUUUUCAAAAGCAACGAAUACAGUAGCGUAGAGAAAAAGCAUUUAAAAGAAGAAAAAAAGGGUUUGAAUAAGAUUAGUAUUAAAAAAGAGAAUAAAACAAUGAUUGCAUAUCAGAAAUGGAAAGAAAUCGACCUUAUUUAUAUUACAUAUUGCCUACUUAAUGGCCUGUAUUAUAUGAGGUAAAAUAAAAUGUUUCAUGGAGAUAUUUCACCUGAUAAUAUCAUGAUUUUUUAGAAUAGACUCAAAUAUAUAGAUUUAGGAUCAAGUCACUUAAAUAAUAACAAGUUUUAUCUUAAAUAAUAUAAAAAGUAGUUUGUCAACUUCAAUAUUAUGAAGCCAAAAAAGAAUUACACUGAUAAUGAAAUCAGCUAAAAUGAAUUAUAUGCACUAGGAAGAACAAUUACUCAUCUUUGUCUUUAUAUUUAAGAGGAAAGAGAAGAUAUUAUCAUAAAUAGAGAUCUCACUCUUAAUUCCUUGAGAGCUAAGUUCGAUUCUUUUAAGACGCUCCUAGUUUAAAGUCAAUCACUAAAAGACUAUCCUAGUUUAAGUAAAGUAUUACUCAAGAUGCAAUACCCAUAUGAUGAAGAUAUUCAAAAAAUAUUUUAAGAGAUAAAGUAAGAUAAUAUAUAGAAAAAAGAUGUUGAGAGCAAGGAUUAAUAAUAAAAAAAUGAAGAAAUAGUAGAAAAUGCUAUUAAAUUAACCAAACAAUAAACCAAGAGACUAAGUAAAAAAGACUCUUAAAAAUUUGAUGAAAAUAGUAAAGAAAAAAAAGAAAAAUAAGGAAAUACUUUGAAUUCUAAAAGAAAUUUAAAAGAAGUAAAUAAAUAAAAUGAUAAAGAAAUGGAAAAAUGUGAAGAAAUUUUAUAAAAUUCUAAAAAGAAAAUUAAAUCAGAAACAAAAAAUUCAGAAAUUUUAAAAACUAACAAACAAACAAGCUAAUCUAUAGAAAAAUCAUAAAUGAUGACCACUGUUAUAUUUUCUGAAGAAUAGAAUAAAGAGAAUGUAGAAGAAGAAUAAUAAUAAAACGAAAGCGACUCAAACAAAAUGAAAAAUGAUAUAAGUUAAAUCAUUAUUGAAAUAUUAGAUGUACUAUAAAGUUUACUUGAUAAUUUUGUUAGAGAUAAUGACAUUAAAAUUCUGCCACAGCAAAAGAAGGAUCCUCCAUAUGAUUUUGAAAUUUAUUCUUUUAUUUUUGAAAAAAGUGAUUUAAUUUAAACUGCUUGUUAGGAAAUUAGAUCUUAAAGACUCGAGAAGCUGCUCUAAAAUCAUCCUAAUCCUAAUAAAGAACUGAGCUAUCUCAUGUAACUAGAUCAAAAAAAUUGGAGAAGAGAAGCAGCUUUUCAAGUGAUUAUAGAUUAGUUAUCUAGCUUGUCUUCAGAAUAAAAGAUUUCUAAAGAAGUAAUUACUUAGUAAGUUAUGAACAUAGUAUUACAUUAGUAAAAGCAAAUAAUUUUAAGAUAGAAAACAUAUAAUAUAGAGUGCUCAGAUUUUAUAGAUGAAAUUAUUUUUGUUUGUAUUUAACAUGAUCUUCCAGUUGUUUAAAUUGAGUGUGCUUUUACUUUUUGCUUGAUAUGGUAUUUCUAAGAAAGUCUUUAGGAUUUUAAACAUUUUUAUGAGUCAUUUUAGAGUUAAUUAUAAAAAAUAAAUAAAUAAGAAUUGGAAUAAAGCCAAGUCAAAAAAUUUGAAUAUUUAGAUAAUUUAAGCAAUAUUUUUAAUUCAAAUAUUAAAAAUAAUGACUAACUUAUUAAUUAAAUACAUGAAGCAGUAUUAAAUUAAAUUUCCACAAUAAAAAUAGUUUGAAAAUAAAUAAAUGUGUUUUAAAAGCAAAAGUAAUUUUUUCAGAUAAAUAUUAAAAGCUUUCUCAUGUAGUUCAAUAUUUAAAUACUUUAAAUGUAUUUUAUAAUUAUGAUCAAUUAAU